UUGAUGCUGGCAGCACUAGACUUCCAACGUCAAUGUCAUUCUAGUAGUCUAUAACAUUUCUUUUGUCUGUGGUCUUUUCUUGUCAACGGGUUUAGAGUAUACACCCAUCAUGGGUAAGAUUAUGAAGCCUGGGAAGGUGGUGCUGGUCCUAAGCGGCCGGUACGCAGGGCGCAAAGCCAUCGUAGUGAAGAACUACGACGAAGGGACGUCUGACAAGCCCUAUGGUCAUGCGUUCGUCGCUGGUAUUGAUAGGUAUCCACGCAAAGUCCACAAGAGGAUGGGCAAGAACAAAAUCCACAAGAGAUCAAAGAUAAAGCCUUUUGUCAAGGUAGUAAACUACAACCACCUCAUGCCCACACGUUACUCGGUUGACUUCAGCUUUGAGAAGUUCAGCGCAAAAGACCUUAAGGACCCCUCCAAACGCAAGAAGCUGCGCUUCAACACAAGAGUUCGCUUCGAGGAGAGAUACAAGAGCGGAAAGAACAAAUGGUUCUUCCAGAAGCUUAGGUUCUAAGAUAAAUAAACUCUAAAAAUUA